AUGCAGGCGGCCAUCAGGCAGAAGCGCAAGGUCGAGAUCGCCAUCGUCAACAACCGCACUCUGCGAGACGUGGAGUACUUUAACUCUCUGCAUGACGUCCGUCGCCAGGCCAUCGCACGACACGAGGUGGAGUUCUCGGGUUACGUUAAGAAGCCUUCCGCGCCAUGCAACUGCGGCACUUCGUGCGAGGGUUCGAUGGACGAAGACUCGAUCAGCAGCGAGGGCACUAGCGGCGCCAGUGGCGCCAGCCGUGCCAAAGGCGACUGCGGUGCUAGCGGCGCCAGCGGGGUCAGCGGCUCCAGCGGGGUCAGCGGCGCCAGCUGCGACAGCGGUGAGAACGGUCAUGAAUCGUCGUCUGGCGGUACCGCCCCCAGCCCGCGCCCCUCGCUCGGCCCUGUCUUAUCCUCGACGGACAACGACGAGGGUAGCGACGACACUUCUAGCAGCGACUUCAGCCUCACGCGCGUCGGUCGAACCACCGCAGAGGGUGCCGUUGGCACUCAAGGACCAACGGCCGACCACGGCGCCCCAGCAACCCCUUCUCCCCGCCGCCGAUCGUCCCGACGCGUGGCGGUAAUGGCGGCGCGACCGGAGGCGCGGGCCGCGGCGGGUGCCACGGUGGUGGGUACGGACACGCCCGCGCAGCAAGAGCUGUCCAGUAGGUGCGACUGGUCCACAAUCAGAUCCUCGCAUGGUGGAGCGUUGGUGGCACGGGGCAGCAGCCGCAACAACAGACGCGUUGGCAGCGUGGCAAGCGGCAGCGGUGGAGACAGCGACGGCUUCCACGCGACGAUGCGUACCACCCGCAGAAGGGAAUCCUGGGCCUGUCAACACCCGACAACGGCCGCAACCAGCGUCACCAGCACCGCCGCCAGCGACGUGCGUAGGAGUGCGCUUGUGACUUGGGACAGCUCUUGGAAGUCGGCGGGCAAAGAAAGCCCGAGCGGCGGGUUCGAGGGACGCAGGGACGGGAACGUUCCCACAGCUAGAGCGACGAAGGUAUCCUUCGAGGUAGCAGGUGGCGGGAACGGGAGGGGUCACCGCAGCGGCGCGGUACUGCAGUCGGCGGCCAGCCUGGCUCGCAUGUUCCGAUUUCUUCCUCCUAAAAUCAACACCAACCGCAGCGACAGGAGCGGAAGGCACCCGGCAACCGGCGGAACGGCGCAAUCCCACAGCAUCAGCCGCUCCUGGAAGAUGGCGCCACAAUUGGUGCCCGACAUCACUCGCCCGACGUCCCCCUCGGCGGCUUGGAAGAUAGGUAGCGGCGGCAGCGUCGCCAAGGGCAGCGACAACGGAAUCCAAGACACCCCAUCGACAACGACAGCGGGAGCUUCGACCCUCGUAUCGGGUGCACCUCUCGACCGCACCGGCACCGCCGAUUGUGUCGGCGACAGCGGAAUCCAACACACCCCAUCGACAUCGACCGCAGGAGCUUCGACCCUCUUGUUGGAUGCACCUCUCGACCGCACCCGACAAGAGGGUCGAAGCUCCUGCGGUCGAUGUCGAUGGGGUGUGUUGGAUUCCGCUGUCGCCGACACAAUCGGCGGUGCCGGUGCGGUCGAGAGCACUCCACUGCCCUUAAAAUCGCCGCCGACUUACUCGCGUGCCUCUGUUGUUGGUGUCGUUCAUGUGCAGAGCGACGGGGAAUGGGCGGAGGAAGAGGCGAAAGAGGAAGGACACCUCCGAAAGGAGAAGUACAACGAACCCCAGGUGGACCCUACCGACACGCGGUACGUGGCGAGCGACCGCGCAGUCGGAGUCUUCCACGUCAUCUGCACCCCCGCAAUCAGAGCAGGCACCGGUUCUGGUCGACACGGCGGAGAACACGGGCGCAACGGACUUCCAACGAAACAAACCGCCAUCGGGGGAGUUGCUAUAGGGGUGGUACGGAAGAACGACGCGACCGGCGUGCAAGACAGGGAAGAGUCGGCCGGGCCUUUACGAUCACCCUCGACGCCCCCGCUUGCAUCGUCAUCCCCGUCUUCCCUGUCUUCUCCGUCGGGCCAAUCGAGCUCUCUGUCCAAGGUCGCCGCCUGGGGGGAGACCGCAGUCUCCGAGAAAGAGGUGCACCUGCUGGACAUAGAGCUGGCGGUGCGGCGAAAGCACAGGGCCCUGCAAGAGGCGCAAUGCCAGAUCGAGCUGGUGCUGCGAGAGAAGGGCGCGGCCUCGGUCGAGGCGGCACGGGACACGACGCUACAGCUGCGGGAGAAGGACGAGGCUCUCAAGAUUGCGGAGGAGACGUUGGGGCGGGCGGACGAACGGCAGAGGGAACUGAGCACGCAGUUGGCCAAGAGCUUGCACGAGGUGAGCCUCAGGGAGACGGAGCUGGAGACCGCCCUGCGGCACAGGGGGCAGGAGGACCAAAGGGGCAACGACGAGAACAAGAAGAUCCGGGCCGCGAUGCGGCAGGUUGAGGAGGAGUCAGCCUUGGCUCACACGAGGUUCGAGUCUCUGCGCGAGCACGCGACGCGGGAAGUGUUAGCCGCGCAGCAAAAGGCGACAGAGAAAGUCGGGCGAGCCCAAUUGAGGUACGAGUCUCUGUGCGAACGCACGCUGAGGGAGUCCGUGGCCGCGGAAGCAAGGGCGAACCGGGAAGCCGAGGCUGUCCAAGAGAAGGCGCGGGAAGAGGCACGAGGCGCCGAUGACAGAUACAACGCUCUGCUCGUGCACACCGCCGACAAGCUCGCUGAACGCGAACAGGCGGAGCGAAAACUGUCGGAAUCGAACGAGAACAUGGAGGGAGAAGUCCUCAGGCUUACCAAAGAGCUAGAAUCAAGCUCGAAGUCUCGGAACCACGCGUUGGUCAUGCUCGCGAAGCAAAGCAAGCUGAAGGCAGAAGCUGUCAAGGAGACAGAGGACCUGCGACGAAAGCUUGCCACCGCUGAGUUCGAAAGCGCGGCAGAUCUCGCCGAGACACGUCUGACGGCGGACAGCAGGGAACAAAGUCUCGAACAGAAGCUGCUCCGGUCUUGCCAACAGACGGCCGAAGCGAAACAAGCUGCAGCGGAUGCCGUCGCGAGUGUCAAGCAGGGCGAGCUGAAGUUUGCCGAAUACCGAGCGGCAGCGGACACCCGAUUUGCGGCUGCGGAGGCACGUGUGACAGACCUCAAGGAGAGGCUCGCCGAUUUGCACAAGCAAGAAACAACUGCGGCAGGAGCAGCUAGCGAGCACGCCCUGAUGCUGCAGGAGCGAAUUGAGGCGCUCGGCGAGGAGCUCAAGGAGAUGGCUGACCACGCUGCCGCUGCGGACGACCGAUCUGCGGCUGCGGAGGCGCGUGUGACGGACCUCAACGAGAGGAUCGCCGUUCUGCAGCUGCAGGCGACAGUGGCAGCAGGAGAAGCAAGCGAGCACGCCUCCAUGCUUCAGGACCGAAUUAAGUUCCUCGGUCUGGACCUUGAGAGGAUGGCUGACCGCGCUUCCGCUGCGGAAGCUCGAUCUAAGGCUGCGGAGGAACGUGCGGCGGACCUCAACGAGAGGCUCCACGCUCUGCAGCGGAGGGCGACAGCAGUGACGGCGGCAGGAGAAGCAAGCGAGCACGCCACGAUGCUUCAGGAAGGGGCCGAGGCACUCAGCCAAGACCUUAGGGGGUUGACUGACGCCACUGUCGCCGAAUCGAGAGCCGCGUCGCUUGCUACAAGCGCAGGCUUCUCCGCGGCGGGAGCAGAGACAACGAACGAGGGCAACAAUGACGACGACCUCAUCAACAGGGCCCUCGAGAGGGUGGCGAGCGUAGAUCUC